AUGUUAUAUAUGCCUGUCACAACCAUUGAACUUGUAGUCCAGCGGUGUAUGGGAGCUAAACUGGCAAAAAGAAGAACAAAAAUUGCAGAAAUUAGACAAAAACGUGAAGAUGAACUUUUGAGCAAAUCAAAAAUGAAUAAAGAUGAAUUUGACAAACUUACAAAACAGCUGGAAGCUGAACUUGCAGCUGAAGAGGUAAAAAUAGAAAUGGAAAGACAACAAGCUUUGAUAGAUUUCAAAAGAAAAAUGGCUUCUGAAACAGAGGCUCUUUUAGUGGAGCAGGAGAAAGAAUUAGGAGUUCUGAUUGGUAGAUUAGAGAUUGGAGCAGCCAGGAGACAAGCUUUAUUAAUAAAACAAGACACACAGCUACAGAGCUUACAGGACCACCUAGAAAAGAAGUUAACAGAUGGUACAGUGAAGACAUCAGCUGUCAAUCAGAUUUUACAGCAACACAAAAAUCAAAUGGAAUAUGUCCAUGACCAGAUAGAGAAUAAACGUGAACAUCAAAUACAAGUUAUACAAGAUAAAAUCCAGACUAAAAAGUUAAUGAAGGAACAAGAACUUCAAGAAGAAAAACAUGAAGAAAGAGAGACAGUUAAAUCAGCUUCUAUAAAAAGACGAGGUGCAGGGUGAGUUUACUUAAACGAUUGAAAUGAAAUCAAUCUUAAUAAUUCCCAAUUUGAUGAGUUGGUUAAAAUGAUCGAAAAAGAAGUGAAAAAAGCUACUAUAUACAA